AUGGCACCAGCCAAGACACGAUCAAAACACAGCACCAAUGACCACCACCGCUACAAGGCAGAUCCCGAGGACACAAACGACGACGACGACAUCUACGGCAUGCGCGAACUGAAACAUCAACUUGCCUCCCUAAACCUCCAACUCAAGGACACCAUGGGCGAUGGAAACUGCCUCUUCCGUGCCUGCGCGGACCAAUUCUCGGGCGCCGAAAAGGAUCACCCCGCCUUACGAGCAGAGGUGUGCCAGUAUAUUGAGGAUCAUGAGGAACAUUUCAAGUUAUUUCUGGAUAACGAGACAGUGGAGGCGCAUUUGGGCAAGAUGAGGCGGAACGGGACUUAUGGAGGGAAUAUUGAGUUGGUGGCGUUUGCGAGGAUGAAGAAUGUUGAUAUUAAGGUCUAUCAGCCGGGGUAUAUUUAUGUGAUUGAGGGAGUGGAUGUGAAGAAGGAGGGGUCUUCUCCUGGUCAACGACCCGUCAUGCAUAUCGCAUACCACAGCUGGGAACACUACUCAUCCAUCAGGAACAUCGACGGACCCUUCGAAGGACCACCCGAGAUCAACCCGCGACCCGUCAAACAGGAACCAUUACGGAAACUCACCAACCGGGAUCCACCUCGAUCUAUCGAACGGGCGAUCAUGAAGACCACGGGGGUGGAUGAUUUGGCGCUUGUAAGGGAGUUGAUGGAGAAGUAUCGCGGAGAUGUUGAUAGUGUCUAUAAUGACAUCUAUGAGCGGCAGUAUCCCGAGGAUAAGGAUGAAGGAAAGGAAGAGGAAGGUGGUGAUGUUAAAGGGGAGCAUGAAAAGCUGAGUAGUCAGGAUAAGGAAGCAGAGACGUCGAACCAGGGGGAGAAGAAAGCCAGGUUGCGGAAGGGCAUACUACGUUUAUCUACACCAAACGUCAACACAUCCGAUCCAGCACCACCACAAUCACCAGAAUCACAAAAGGACACAGGAUCGUCACCAGAGGACACAGAGCCGCCAUCCACCCCCAGCGAAGGUGUCAAGGGAGUCAUCCCCAAGAAACGGUUAUCUGCUCGGGAAAAGAAGGAGGCCGCUAAACGCACCCAGAAGCAGAACCGGAAAAAUAAGGGCAAGACGCAUCUUUCCGGUGGGGAUGAUAACUCUUCAUCUGAGAAAGCGUCGUCGACGCUUGGAGGUGGCGAUGGCAAGGGUGGUGCGAACACGACAAGCAGCACUAUGCGGGAGCUCUUUGUUUGA